AUGACUAAGUCGCUUCUCCAGAGUUUGCUAACCACACAGUUUUCGGUCUCCCUCUCAUGUCAUCAACCAUCACUACUAGAGAUACCUUCUAACCCACCUUUCUCAACAACAGUUCAGUCGUACACUGAAGAUCAUUUGUACACUCCCAAUGAGCGCGAAGCUUUGGCCCGUCACUUGAUUGCGGAUAGCAACAUUGACAGCUAUGAGAAAUACGAGGAGGUGAUGUUUGCCCUGCAUGGGUACAUCAACCCUCUCAGAAAGACUUAUUGGAAGAGGAAGGCUCGCGAUGCCGAGGAAUUGUUCACCAUUCAGAGGCGCGAGCGCCUUGCCAUCGAACUUCUUGGCUUUAUCAAAGGUAUGAUGAGUCUUGGUUACGUCCUGUGUGGUUGUGGGGAGGCGGCUGACAUUAGUGGAUGGAUGCCUCUUUUGAUGACAAUGAGAUCGGUGAAGGCAACGUUUUAUGUUCCUGCCCCUACUGGAAAGAACAGGAUAUGUACUUUCGUCGUAGACAGGCUGACAGCCGAGGCCUGUGAGUAA